AUGGGUCUGUCUUUGCAGAACCUGGGGUUGUCCCUGUUCAUCCUGGUAGCCUUCUCCGGUCAGGCCUAUGCAUUUGGUGCCGGUAAUAUCGCAUCUCUUUCCCGCCUUGAAGGUCAAAACUGGCGCCAUGGAGAUAUCGAGGAUGCUCUUCUUACCCUCUGUCUUGCAAGAGUGGCUGGUGGUAAGAAAUUUGGCAAGCUGGAUGUGAAGCGGGUCUACUUCGGCAACUGGUUGCGUGAUUACAGCCAGGCAGUCGAUGUGGGUACCGUGAAGUAUGUUAGUGCUGAAGCUAUUCGCAUUCUGAUCUGGGUUUUGGGCUUUAUGAGCUUUGGAUAUGGAACCGGAGAGUUCGAGGUGACGACAGAACGGCUUGGAUGUUAUCAACCAACAGAGCAUAUCGAUAACCCCCUGGGAUACGCCGAGGGUGAGGAUGCGCGGAACUACGAUCGUCGACUGCGUGGCCCCCUCGAUGAAGAGCGAGAGCUUUCAGUGGACCCCCGCACUGGCUUGAAACACUACAUUGCCACUGAGGACAUCAAUAUUGACACCUCGGCUGCAUUGGUUCGUCGCGUACUGGGCCGCUCGAUCAAGAUGGGUCGGCGCUAUGGCCAAUCCCGAAACAAAGACGACUUGUACGAAGCUCUACGCCUGUUGGGAACUGGCUUGCACUGUUUGGAAGACUACGCUGCUCACUCUAACUACACCGAGCUCAGCCUUAUCGAGAUGGGGGAGAGAGAGGUCUUUCCUCAUGUCGGACGCAAUACUAGACUGCAGGUUGAUGGCGUCGAGCAUGAAGUCUACCCAAUCGUGACCGGCACUUUUGGCGGCGUGGAUUUCUUCCAUUCCGUGCUGGGAGAGUUGUCCGACAAGACAAUGCAGUCUGAACUCCAGUCUUUGGAGACUGUCGUUGCCGAAUCCCAGGAAUCAGAUUCCUCUCAGAGUUUCCUGCAAAAUUUGCUAAGCAAGAUCCCCGAGGGCCUGCUUGGUGACGACACCGAUCAGACUGGUCAGAUGGAUGACUUCAAGCACAAGGCAGAUGAUGCUAGACACGACGGCCAGACUGCCAAUCCUCGGGAACCUGAAGAGUGGACUAUGUACCUAGACAACGUGCAAAAGGAGAUCUACCCAGUCCUUGAGUGGCAUGAUCAGCUCUUGAAAAGGAUCAGCGAGGCCAUUGAGAAGAUCCCAGUCCUGCCCGACUUGAUUGAGCAGAUCCAGGAUCAAAUCACCGUUUUCGUCUUCUCUAUUUUGGCGCCUUAUGUUCUGCCCAUUAUCAAGCAGGUCAAGUCUGAGCUCGAAACCGGUUCUUCCGAGGUUAUUCAAAGCAGCAGAGACCAGCAGCACAUUGUAUUCAACGAUGAUGACUGCUCCAAUCCGACUCACUCAAUGCUUUCCAAGGACCACUUCUCGAACAUUCUGAAUGAGCCUGCUGGUCGCAUUGCCUCGGCUGUUAUCAAAUGGACAGUUCCUCAGCUCAUGCAAUGCUGGGAUGAUGAGGAUGCCGAUGUUGACCGGACUCUUGACAGAAUUAUUUCCGGUGUUUUCCAUCACCCCGCAUUGCGAGGGUCUGGACGCGAUGGAGCUGCCGACAUGCAACACAUCAUGUUCUCCACUGUCGAGGAGUGGUGGGGCGAAAAGUCUGAUGAGGAGCGUGAUAUUCUUCGCGAUCAGCUGAGCCGCGACGGUGUCCUGGAAGGCCGGAACCACAAAGACGGUGUGCAGGAUUGUGGACACGGAUGUGGCAAGCCGCUCGCUCUUCCCAAGCCCCACAACACCUCUGGUGGAGGCUAUGGAUCCGUUGACUCUGGUCUUGAGAACAUUGCUUCUGAGGCUGUGGGAGGAGGCGCGCUGGGUGGUAUAAUCGGUGGACUGGUUGGAGGCAUGGGCUCUAUGCUUCUCAACCAGGACAGCUCAAAGCCUAGCCGGGAAAGCCCAGAGCCGCAAAGCUAUGACAGCGGAAAUAGCUACCAGAGUCAACCUCACCGUGAGAGCUACCAGCAAUAUGGAGGGGACUCAUACAAUCAAACGCAGGCACAUGGUUCAAGCGCAUAUGGACAGCCAAGCAAUUCAAGCUAUGGGGGCUACAGUGAGCCGGUUCACUCAAGUGGAUAUCAACAGCCCAGCUACGGCGGCCACAGCGAGCCGGUUCGCCAAAGUGGGUAUGAACAGCCAAGCCAGCCAAGCUAUGGUGGCUACGGUGAGCCCCAAGUUCAUCACGAGGAGUACCGUCCUCGUCCCGGCGGAUAUGAAUAUCAAAGUGAGACUGUCUAUAGCCAGCCGCCUGUGCGCCGUGAUGACUACUCCAGCUACACACCUCCAGUGGAGAGCUACCGACGCGAGGAGCAUCAUCAAUACCAGUCGGAAAGUCAGGGUUACCGUCGGGAGGAGAGAACGGAGACCUAUGAAGGUGGCUACUCCCAAUACCAACGCACAGAGACAUACCAGGGAGGUGGAAGCCAGCCCCUUGGGGAGGAUUUCUCGUCUGGCUAUGGUAGACCUCAGCCUAGCUACAAUGACAUGAGGCCCCGCGAGGAAGGAUAUGGUCAGCGGUUCGAGGGCGGCGAUGGAUACAGCGCCGAGCGGCGAUACGAGGGCGAGCGACAGUCCGGGUACGGCUCAGGCUCUCGCAGCGGCGGCAGCGAUGAUGAGGAGCGUUCUCAUCAUCGACGCCACCGUCACCAUCACCACAGACGGUCUGGUUCAGAUUCGGAUUAG